AUGUACUGUUUCUGCUUCCAGUUUGAAGAGAAAUUUCUGGAAUCUGCAAAAGAUUUGGAAAAGUUAAGAAAUGAUGGGAGUUUGUUGUUCCACCAAGUGCCAAUGGUUGAGAUUGACAGGAUGAAGCUGGUGCUGACCAGAGCCAUUCUCAACUACAUUGCCAGCAAAUACAACCUCUGUGGGAAAGACAUAAAGGAGAGAGCUCUGGUCAAUAUGUAUAUGGAAGGUAGGGCAGGUUUGAGUGAAAAGCUUCUGCAUUACUCAUUGCAUCCACCUGAGGAAAAAGAUACAAAGCUUGCCCUGAUCAAAGAAGGAACAACAAGCCAUUAUUUUCCUGUCUUUGAAGCUGUGUUGAAGAGCCAUGAACAAGACUACCUCUUUGGCAACAAGCUGAGCCAGGCUGACAUUCACCUGGUCAAACUUCUCUACCACAUGGAAGAGCUUGACUCCAGCCUCAUCUCCAACUUCCCUCUGCUGAAGGCUGUGCUUUGUGCAUUGUGGGCCCUGAAAAUCAGAAUCAGCAAACUCCCCACAGUGAAGAAGUUUUUGCAGCCUGGCAGCCUGAGGAAGCUUCCCACAGAUGCGAAAGGUUUAGAAGAAGCAACGAAGAUUUUCAAGGUUUAA